UGCUUUGAGGACGAACAGCGUUUAUAUAGAGUAGAGUUGGGAUCUGGGUUUGAUAGUUGUGAUGUCAUAUGGCAGUCGCUGAGAUCAUACCCAUGGCUGUGUGGGUCAAAGCCAAAGGUGGGCAUGCUUGUCCCUUGGCUGGAACAGCCUCAUCAUAUUCUUCUUCGAUGAUGUAGUUGGAUCGUCUGGUGUUGCAUUUUCGGUGAAGUCUUGGGGUGCAACCAGAUGAGACAUUGGUGUUCCUGAAUGGGGUGGUGUCAAGGAGCAUUAUUGAACUCAGCCAUGCCAUGCACUCUUACAUAACCGAUAUCGGCUGAUAAGUCCAUUUCCGGCUAACAUGGAGAAUAAACAGAUACACACGACUCACCUCCACGACUAAGGAUAAUGCAUCUUCAAGGGUGCACAAUGGCCCGCAACCCUUCGCAUCUGCUGUCUCCGUCUCGUACUCUGCAAUUGACUACUAGUAAACGGCAAUUCGGCACCGGUGCCUCCAUCCUACCCCUCCUCUCCCCGCCCCGAUACAGGCCGCUCCGAUCAUCAUUAAUAUCAUCAACACCAUCAUCCUCCCCUCUCGCGCAUCGCAUUCCCACCUUCGCUACUCCCCUCCGAACCAUCACCACCAGCAGCAACAGCACCCCCACCAAAAUGACCACAACCCUCGACCCCAAAUACGCCCAACUCUUCCAAUCCUUGGAAUCCCAAUUCCAAACCACCACCCUCCCGCACGACAAAUGGUACAUCCUAGCCAUCUCCACCCUCGUCGCGAACCCCGACCCCGAACGCGCCGAUCAACUCUAUCUCUACCUAACCUCCAAACCCGAAUACUCGACCCCCUCAUCCCGGCAAGACCUCAUCCGCCGCAUCCGCGAAGCCCUCAUCAAAUCCGUGAUCAUAGUCGGGGUAUGCAAACCCAUCGAAGCCAUUCUCGCCAUCAGCAAGCUCGAGGCUCCCGAAGACAAAGACUACACAUUUACACGGGAGAACUGGCAAUGCGACGAGGCGAAUCACGAGCGUGGCGUGGCGUGGUUGGAGAAGCUGUAUGCGCGGAAUACGUCCGGGACGCUGGAUUUGUUUGCGGCGCAUAAGGAUUUCGCGUGGUUGUCGAAGGAGAUUACUUAUGGGUUGUUUUUGAGUGAUCGGGGAGUGUUGGAUGAUUUGGAUACGCAGUUGGUGGUGUUGCCGGCGAUUAUGAGUCAGAAUCUGAAGAUUGAGACGCAUUGGCAUAUUCGGGGGACGAGACGGUUGGGCGUGAGUUUGGAGGAUGUGAGGGUUUUGUGUGAGGGGGUAAAGCAUGUUGCUGGGUUUUAUGGGAGGGUGUUGGAUAAGGUGCCGACUGUGGAGGAGGUGGAGGGGGAUGUUUGAGGUGAUUGGGGUUGUUGUAUAUAGUAUGUAUGUUGGAUAGACUUUAGAGAUGGUGAUAUACUACUACUGUGGUAGAUUGUAUAGAGACCGGGAUUGUAGCGAGGUCAUACUACGUAUAUGAAAAGAAGCGGAGUGCUGAUUUACAACUGGGAGGGAUCUCUCUUAUGUUGCAGUACUUCAUACAUAGUACUUCAUUACCUUUUGUC